ACACCCAGUUUCUAAUACUCUUCAGGAUAUUGCACCACACGCUUCUGUCUAGAAGAGGAACUUCGGAGCUGAGAACUGCAUACCUAAGCGUUCAGCUAGCCCAGCGUCGGAAGACCUGAACAAUAUCCUGAGAAAUAUGUUUUCACGAAUACUUUCCACUGUCACUUGAGUCCGGAGUCCUCAUUUCGCCGCUGGAAGCUUGGCACAACACAAACCUGGUAGGACUUUUUAAGAACUCAAUCUUUGGCGUUGUUGUAACUAACUAACCGCGUUGGACGAACACGUGGGUUGUCAUCAAUUGUCUCUAAACUAAUUGAGUCAAAUCCCCAUUGACAGAUUGACUGCUCUUAUCAGAUAGAUUGAUAUGGUGUCAAAUAAACACCACACAAAAAAUAGAAUUUAGGAAAAAGGAGAGAAAGUGAUAACCACUAAAGUAGGCCGAGCUCGGCACUCAAGUGGGUGUGCAAUUAAAAAGCCUUUAAUUUGAUGUAACAUUAAAGAAUACUAUCUUACACCAACGGGUAUCUGCGCUCUGCCUUCCUUAACGUGUCUAUUUAGGAGUCUAUAGCCUACACGAUAACACGAACACAAAGUAGCACCUUAUCACAGUUUAUAUCAGGUUCUCGUGCUUUCCUCUAUCGGCUGCUAUGAGGGACUAGGGUGACCAGAUGUCCCGGGACAGUCCCGCAUUUCCAUGACUUUGUACACGUCCCGCAAAUUGAGACGUUGUCCCGCAUUGUUAUUGACAGUCAGACUCGUUUUUUAAUUAUUUUUUGGAAAUGCGUGUUUUAUAAUCUGGCAAUUAUCAAAUAGCUGUGUGCGGAGACAGCAGUGAGGGUUGUCAUCAGGUGGAGGGGCGGGCUGUUUGAUCAUGUCAAUCAAACUGGGACGCGGACGCCGGUUAAGGGCACGCGCACCAACAAGAAACAAUCAGGUCAGAAAGGCAGGAGAUAUGGAGGAGAGCGCGACCCGUACGACUAAAAGGAAAUGCAGCCACAACAAAGACAGGGAAACCUUAUAUCCCUGGGUGAAACCAGUGCAAGGGGAGUCUUGUAAACUAAAGUGUUAUGUGACGUUUGCACAAGUCCAUUUUCCAUUUCACACGGAGGUGAAUUCGACGUCACAAACAACGAGUCACAAACAACGGGUUGCUCAAAAGGAGGCUUCCCAGUCCAUGCAUUACGUUCCUGCUAAAACCCAAACAAGAUCCAAACGCAGAUAAGGUAACAGCAGCUGAACUAGCUAACGUUACACACACACACACACACACACACACACACACACACACACACACACACACACACACACACACACACACACACACACACACACACACACACACAUUUGUGUGUGUGUCUGCUAGGAAGCGUCUUCUAUUGUCCUGCAUACUUCUGGGUCUCCAUAGGAAAUGUUUUCUCAGGUUGCGGUCAGAGGGGCCUUCCAUCUGAACCAUUUCAUCCUCCUCUAGAGGCUCUAAUGUUUAAAUUAACUCUGGGAUGUAUCCCCUCACAUGGUUCCCACCCAGUGACCUAUGACCUAUAGGUCAAGUUGAAUUAGCUAGCUCACUGAUAAUCCCUAGAACGUCUAGGAGCUGGAUGCAGAGACACUGUUGUACCCACACACACACACACACACACACACACACACACACACACACACACACACACACACACACCGGACGGAGGUUUAGUAUAAUGGUUGUAUCCAGCGGAGGUCAGAGGAUCUGAGGUGAAAUGGUUUUAGAACCAAAUCUUAUGUUUUAGAAAGUUCCAGAUUGAUCAGAAUAAUAACUGCUUGAUAGUAUGUGAAAACGGUCUCAGAAGAAAGAUGAUUUAUAUUUAGUCUGUUAAACUAAGAUGUUAUUUUGGGUUGAAGGUAGUUGUCUCUCUGCUGUUGAUUGAUUUAAUUUAUAUAGUGCUUUUGUAGACACUCAAAGACGCUUUACAGAAAAAGGGGGGGACCUCACUAACCGUGUUAGAAAGAUGUUUGAUACAGGACACUUGUAUUUCCAACACAAUAGGCAUGUAAAACCACAACACACCUGAUGAUGUGUGUUUAAACCCAGGGCCGUUGCUACAAUUCCUGGGCCCCUAGACAAGAUUUACUGAUGGGCCCCCCUGCGCUGAAUUGUUGACGGGGGGGGGGGGGUACUGUGGUAGUACUAUGGGCUGGUAGUAAAAAAAAAAAAAGUAAAGAAUUUUUUUUUUUUUUUUGUGGGCCCCCCCUGGGCUGUGGGCCCCUAGAAUCGUCAUCACCUUUCACCCCUUAUCGACGGCCCUGUUCAAACCAGACAGCAAUAAGAGAAUGCUGAGGGGACAUCUGUCUGUUAAACAGUUUUGGAACAAAUGUUGGAUGGUGUAUUUGGUGUCUUUUUGAGUUCACCAAUAAAUUCUGUUUGUGGUUGACCUCCUUGACAUCGUCAAGUUAGCAUCACUAAAUCAGCAAUCUCUCAGUGCUCAUGUCGACAGAUUGUGAGAUUGUAGUGGGCUUUAAGUGGUUCUGUACCGUUAUAAAGACAUACUUGCUACUGUCACUCGCAUAUUAAUUCAAUCAUGUGUGGUGAAAGGUUCCCACAGUGGUGGAGAUUCUCUGGAAAUACAUCUGAUUUGACUUCUGACUUCCCUGUGCAUGUUUUUGAUAUUAAAGUCUGUGUUGAUUUUUAAUGGUGGGAACGGAAAACAUAAAUUGUUUCACUAUGAUAAUCCAGAAGCAGACACUAAUAGCAGUUAAGAGCAAAUCAAGACCCUGAAUGUUUAUUUAUGACGAUUUUACCUUGAACGUGGUUUUAUAUGGCGGCAGGGACUCGGGAGGUAAUUCAGGUUGCCUGGAAACAGAAAGGUUGCUGGUUCGUUCCCCAGUUCCUUCAAUUCACCCCAAGUGUUGAUGUCUUUGAGCAAGUCACCUAACCGUAACUGCUCCUGUUAAGCUGAUACAUUUAGUUGACACCCCCUUUGGUGCAUGUGUAUUGUGUGAAUAGGUGAAUGUAGCAUAGUCAUUUAUUUGCAUUCAAUAUUAUAAAUGAUAUACUACAAAAAUUAGCAUUAAAUAAUUUACUUUAUUAAUGAAUUAAUAAUUACAUCCAGGUUUGUAAUCUAUGACUGGACAAUACACAAAAAAAAGUCCUAUGGAUAAUGUUAAAGUUAUACUAUAGUUAUACUUUAGCUAUAGAUAUCUAUAUAGAUAGAUCCUUUUGUGUGGUUCAGUGGACCAUGUUUGGGAAGGCAGUAACCUUAUUACAUCUUAUCGACUUAUUCAUGUGAUAAUAUUUAGCACGGGAUGGAACUGCAACACAUUUUCCCUGCAUGACUAACCAUCUGACACAUCAUAUCCUAAACAAAACAUGCUGAGACACCACCACCAACAUAGCAUCCUAACACCCCAUCCCUAAUGGAGCAUACUAACUCACCACGUACACAUAGAAUGCUCAUAGACCACGGCUUGUGUAGCAGGCUAAAAAACCAUCGCUAUUAUAGCAUGUCACCGAAGAGGAUUACGUGAUUAUGUGGGUUUUUUUGUUCCAGGUUUAAGGUCAGAAUUCCAAGCAUCUCGUUCUUAUUGAUGUGAAAGUAUGACCAGGAAUGAUGCAUUCUAACAUGGAGUGUCAUUGACACACAGUGUGUAUUAAUUAUAGGUUGUGUUUGUUGAACCUUCCGGGUCACAACCUUCAUGGUGUGAGUCAACAUUAUAUUCAUUAUCCCAACAUCAUAACUGUUAUGUAAUUAGUUAUUAUCAAAUAACAGACAGAUAGAAGAUGGACAGAGAGAGAGAGUGGUAGAGGCAGAAAUAAAGGGUGCAUGAGGGAGGUAGAGGGGUAGAGAGCGAUAGAAAGAGAGAGUGGGGGGUGUAAGAGGUCAUGAUGUAAGUCCUGAUCAUUACCUGUUAGUUUCCAGAACAAGGACGCUAGUUGACCAGCCGAUAUUUGUUCUGUACCUUUCCCAUCCCAUGAGCGGGAAACGCACGCUUCCAUUUCACAAGCUUGACCUCUCGUCGGGACCUUGGGUUCAGUUGUCCGUGUGCAUUUUUAGACAAACAUGCUCUCAGCAAACAGAAGUGAGCGUUUUCGAUUCCCCUCCGCCUUUGCUUUCCAUGGACAAAGAACUUGUGAAAGAACAUGUUUUUUUCACAAAUAAAAGGAUCUGUGUCAUGUGCUGUACCAGGGCUGUUGUGGAGGUCAUGACCCCCCCCCUCCGAAACAUUCCCCUUUACUUCAUCAAACCAACACCCUGGGGAUGAGUCACCUCGUCACCUGCCUCGGUCUGUCAGGUGACGCGUUGUGAUCAGCCUUAGGGUUCUGCACCGAAAACUGGGACCAACUCCAGAUCCUUUACUAAGGUGGAGUGAAUGACUGCGCACAGAUAGCGUGCACACCGGCUGACGCUGUUCCGCCAAACCACUUGAACCUGUGUGGCUCCUAGAGUCCCAACCACCACUCAAUGGCCACACCCACCUUCUCAAUGACUCCGCCCCCUCCCUGAUGUUAACGGUAUGCUCUGCAUUUGAGUCAGUGCACCACAGUAACCAGACGUAGCAGCAGCACGUCCAGGCCCUCUCUUAUCCCACGCUCAGCACCCUCCCCUGGGCUGGAUUCCGGAUAUCUGACUUCUGCCGGAGGAGGUUCUCCAACCUGACUUCUAGAUUCUCUCUCUCUCUCUCUCUCUCGCUCUCUCGCUCUCGCUCUCUCGCUCUCUCUCCGGCUGAUCUUGGAAGUUCUUGGAAACAAGGAGGCUGUUACUAUUUGUUCCCAUAAACUGUGAGCAGGGUUCUUCUGCUGCCGUGAGGAUAUCGGACCGGUAAGGAGCUAUGGUCCAGAGACAGCUCCUGGUCCCUCUCCUCUUCCUCUCAUGUGUCCUGUGUGUCCUGGCAGGAAGGGUUGUCAUUCGUGAGAACUGUUUCCCCCGUCGGCUGCCUGUGAUCGUGUUCUCUGUCCCUGGUGAUGUGGCCAUGCUCAACAGCACACUGCUGUCCCCCAAUGUCUUCAACUACACUGCACUCCCCUAUAAUAUCUCUUGGUACGAUCCACACAAUGGGACGGAGAUGGUAAACCAGACCGGUCGAUUCCUACUGCGGGGGGAGACGCUGUGGCACCUGAACAUCACGCUGGAGGACGCUGGGGACUAUGUGUGUGUUGUGAGAACCCCGACUGGUUGUUUCCGACAGGCCAUCCAACUGGUGGUGGACCCCCCUCUGGGGGGCGGCAUUUGUGGGCGACCCAAGAAUGCCCACCAGGUGCUGACCGGCAGGUCGAACGAUGCCCUGACCUGCCCCCUGGCCCACUACAUCAGCAAGCUGGACAGCUACGGGAUACCAUCCUCCAUCAGCUGGUACAAAGGCUGCUCCCUGAUAGUUGACGGGUCUGGCAGGUUCGUCUACCGGCGCAUAGCCACACUGAAUGUGGAAAAGGUGACUCCUGACGACGUUGGCUCCUACACCUGCACCCUGACCUUUGACCUGGCAGGGGUCGCCGGCUCUGUCUCAGAGACCAUCAACGCAAAAGUCAUAGAUAAAUAUGCUCUUCUUCCUGAAGUCCACGCGCCAGCCAAUGAGAAGAUCAAGGCUGAGAUUGGCUCCAGCUUCAGUAAGUUGUGCAGGGUGUUUGUUCCCUGCGUGGGGAAACACAAUGUGCACGUAAAGUGGGUGGUCAACGACGACUUCAUCGAAGAGCAGGAAGACGACUUAAUCGAAGAGCAGGAAGACCGUGUGUACGUGAAGCCUAGGCAGUCUCAUAGGGUGGAGAAGCCCCGUCCAGGGAAUUGGGAGGAGCGUCUCCUCUGGAUCAAGGAGGUGCGGGAGGAGGACCUUUACGCCAAUUACACCUGCCUGGCCUAUAGCGCUCGUGGGAUUCCCCACGCAAGCUUCACCCUGCUGCCCGCUGACCCCGACCACCUGGUCCCCAUCGCGAUGUCUCUGGCCGGAGUAGCGCUGCUCUUCAUCUCCACCGCGGUCUUCUACUUUCUGUUCAAGUUGGACAUUGUGUUGUGCUUCAGGAGGGCCUUCCCUGUCUUCUACAGAAACACAGAGUCGGACGGGAAGCUGUUUGACGCGUAUGUGAUGUUCCCCCGGAAUGCUGGGAAGGCGUUGGAGUCGUUCGCCAUCCAGGCUCUGCCUCUCGUUCUAGAGAGACGCUGCGGACACAAACUGUUCAUCCCCGGGCGAGACUGUCUGCCUGGACAGGCCCUCGUAGACUCGUUGGAGGAGAACAUGAGGGCCAGCCGUCGCCUCAUCCUCAUCUACACUGCCUCCACCUUCACUGGUUGCCAUGACGCCAACGACGACUCUGGCGGUUGCGGCAGCGAGACGGUUACUGUGAAGAGCUCCAGCAACCGACCUCACCCCAGCAUCAACACCUACUCCAGUAUUUCCCAGGGUGAUGGGCACACCCUGUCUUCCCAGACCCCACCUGGACACAGCCUCCCUGGACCCAAGUCUGAAGGGCAACAGAGCUCUGAAUGUCAGCUGAGCUUUGAAUGUCAGCUGGUCAUGCACAAAGCACUGCUGGAGGAAUCCAUCAAGGUGCUGCUGGUGGAGAUGGAGGAGGUUGGGCCGGACCAGCUGGCACUCUUCCCUCCGUCGGUGCUCCACCUGCGGAAGAAGCAGGGGGUGCUGUGCUGGUGGAAGAGCCAGAGGAGGAGCAGGGUGGGCUGGAGGAGGUGCAGGGGAAGAGGUGAAGAGGAGGACGGAGGGGAGGAAGAAAAGGGCAGGCUGGACUCGGGGUUCGGAGCAGAGAAUCUCUCUCCGUCUCGGAGGUUCUGGAAGCAGGUGAGGUACCACAUGCCCGUCAGGGGGAAGAGAACCACCUGCCCAGCGACCAUCUCGCUGCUGAGCCUGGGGGGCAGAGGGGUCAGGGGUCAGCCAGAGAAGAUGUGAAGGACCAAUGGGGAUUCAGUCCGGAGGUCGAUGCUCAUUGGCUCUUACAAAAACAACAGCAGAACGUAAGAACACCUCUAGGUGGAUGCUUCGAAUGUGCCGAUGGUGGGGAGAGAGGAGGGAUAUCCGUUUCUAUUACGUGUUUAGAAAAUUGCUUUGUCAUUUUCAUUGCCAUAAAAACUCCAUUCUUCUUCUUCUUCUUCUUCUUCUUCUUCUUCUUCUUCUUCUUCUUCUUCUUCUUCUUCUUCUUCUUCUUCUUCUUCUUCUUCUUCUUCUUCUUCUUCUUCUUCUUCUUCUUCUUCUUCUUGUCCAUGGACUGUGUAAAAUCGGAUUAAGUUGGAGGAAUAAUGUG